CCUCCCGUCCCGGGUGGUUCUCGGAUACCGCCUGGAAACCUGGUGGGAGCCCGGCCGGAGAGCAGGCAAGGCCCAGGAACGCGAGCGCCAUGUCUCUGAGCAGCGCCUUCAGGGCUGUGGGCAACGACCCUGGGCUCAUCACCUGGAGGAUAGAGAAACUGGAGCUGGCGCUGGUACCCCUGAGCGCCCACGGGAACUUCUACGAGGGGGACUGCUACGUCAUCCUCUCGACACGGAGAGCGGGCAGUCUCCUGUCCCAGGACAUCCACUUCUGGAUCGGCAAGGACUCCUCCCAGGAUGAGCAGACGUGCGCGGCCAUCUACAGCACGCAGCUCGAUGACUACCUGGGGGGCAGCCCCGUGCAGCACCGCGAGGUCCAGUACCACGAGUCUGACACCUUCCACGGCUACUUCAAGCAGGGCAUCAUCUACAAGAAGGGGGGCGUGGCCUCUGGGAUGAAGCACGUGGAGACCAACACCUACGACGUGAGGCGGCUGUUACACGUCAAGGGGAAAAGCCACAUCAGGGCCACCGAGGUGGAGGUGAGCUGGGACAGCUUUAACCGGGGUGACGUCUUCUUGCUGGACCUUGGGAAGGUCAUCAUCCAGUGGAAUGGCCCAGAGAGCAACAGCAGAGAGCGCCUGAAGGCCAUGCUUCUGGCAAAGGACAUUCGGGACAGGGAGCGAGGAGGCCGUGCUGAAAUCGGCGUGAUCGAGGGGGACAAGGAGGCAGCAAGUCCGGAGCUGGUGAAGGUCCUGCAGGACACCCUCGGCCGGCGCUCCAUCAUCAAGCCAGCUGUGCCCGAUGAGCUCAUAGAUCAGCAGCAGAAAUCAAGCAUCGUGCUGUAUCAUGUGUCAGAUGCUGCUGGGCAGCUGGCGGUCACCGAGGUAGCAGCAAGGCCACUGGUGCAGGACCUCCUGAACCAUGACGACUGCUACAUCUUAGACCAGAGCGGAACCAAGAUCUAUGUGUGGAAAGGAAGAGGAGCCACAAAGAUCGAGAAGCAGAUGGCCAUGUCGAAAGCCCUGAGCUUCAUCCAGAUGAAGGGCUACCCUGGCAGCACCAACGUGGAGACCAUCAACGACGGUGCUGAGUCGGCCAUGUUCAAGCAAUUGUUCCAGAAGUGGUCCGUGAAGGACCAGGCCGUGGGCCUGGGGAAGACGUUUGGUGUUGGCAAGAUCGCUAAAGUUUUCCAGGAUAAAUUUGACGUGACUGUGCUGCACACCAAGCCAGAGGUAGCUGCCCAGGAAAGAAUGGUGGAUGAUGGCAAUGGAAAGGUUGAGGUCUGGAGAAUUGAGAACCUGGAGCUGGUCCCCGUGGAGCGUCAGUGGUACGGCUUCUUUUACGGGGGAGACUGCUACCUGGUUCUGUACACAUAUGAGAUGAGCAGGAAGCCACAUUAUGUCUUGUACAUCUGGCAGGGCCGCCACGCCUCCAAGGAUGAGCUAGCGGCCUCGGCCUACCAGGCAGUGGAGGUGGAUCGGCAAUUUGACGGGGCGCCCGUACAGGUCCGCGUUACCAUGGGGAAGGAGCCACGCCACUUCAUGGCCAUCUUCAAAGGGAGGCUGGUGAUCUUUGAGGGUGGGACUUCCAGAACGGGAAAUGCUGAGCCCGAUCCUCCAGUAAGACUCUUCCAGAUUCAAGGAAAUGAGAAAUCUAACACCAAAGCGGUGGAGGUUCCGGCCUAUGCCUCCUCCCUAAACUCCAAUGAUGUCUUUCUGCUGCGGACCCAGGGAGAGCACUACCUGUGGUACGGCAAGGGGUCCAGUGGGGAUGAGCGGGCAAUGGCUAAGGAGCUGGCCAGCUUUCUCUGCGAGGGCACCGAGGACACGGUGGCCGAGGGCCAGGAGCCAGCUGAGUUCUGGGACCUGCUGGGAGGGAAGACUGCCUACGCCAAUGACAAAAGACUACAGCAGGAAAUCCUGGAUGUGCAGCCUCGUCUCUUUGAAUGUUCCAAUAAGACUGGGCGCUUCCUCGUCACUGAGAUCACAGACUUCACCCAGGAUGACCUGAACCCAGGUGAUGUGAUGCUUCUGGAUACCUGGGAUCAGGUGUUCCUGUGGAUUGGGGCUGAGGCCAACGCCACGGAGAAGGAGAGAGCCCUCGCUACGGCCCAGGAGUACCUGCACACUCACCCCAGUGGCCGGGACGCUGACACAGCCAUCCUGAUCAUAAAACAGGGCUUUGAGCCUCCCAUCUUCACGGGCUGGUUCUUGGCCUGGGACCCUCAUAUGUGGAGCGCAGGGAAAUCAUACGAACAGUUAAAAGAAGAGCUGGGAGAUGCUGCUGCAAUCACAAGAAUCACGGCCGACAUGAGGAAUGCAACCCUCUCCCUGAAUUCUGAGCUGAAGUAUUACCCUAUAGAAGUUCUGCUGAAAAACCAGAAUCAGGAGCUGCCUGAGGACGUGAACCCUGCCAAAAAGGAGAAUUACCUCUCUGAACAGGAUUUUAUUUCUGUGUUUGGCAUCACAAGAGGGCAAUUUGCUGCUCUGCCUGGCUGGAAGCAGCUCCAAAUGAAGAAAGAAAAGGGGCUUUUCUAAGGCAAGAAGCUCCAUGCCUAUCACGAGACCACAGAAGACAGCUGAUCGUGCCAGUAACAGGAAAGAAUUUAUCUACCAAUUUUGCCUAAUAAUUGCUACUUAGAUACAAGGAGGUCUGCAAAUCACAGCAUGUUCUCCAUCCUCAUCCCUGCAUUCCUUAGUUGUUAUAUACCUAAUAUGUUAACUACCUACUUUUCAAUUUUUGUGGCCUUUGGGCUUAAAGUCUCAGCAGAAGCACUACAGUUGCAUGAAUCCAGAGCAGUCAGAGGAAAAAGAAAAUAACUAAGUUUAAAGUAUUUAAUAAUGGGACAAAGAUGUGAGUUUGUUUUAAAUUGUAAGAUCAUGAGCAGCCCGGGUGGCUCAGCGGUUUAGCACCACCUUCAGCCUAGGGCAUGAUCCUGGAGACCCCGGAUCGAGUCCCACGUUGGGCUCCCUGCAUGGAGCCUGCUUCUCCCUCUGCCUGUGUCUCUGCCUCUCUCUCUGUACCUCUCAUGAAUAAAUAAAUAAAUAAAUAGUAAGAUCACUAUAUCCAGAAUCUAUUUGACCCACCAAUCACUGAAGCUAUUUCCAUAUAUACCCCAGGGGCAAAAUCAAAAUGCCGAGAGCUGUACGUGCCAGAGAUUUUUUUACUUUUCAAAUAAAGAUGUCUA